CUAUUGUAUACCGCCAGAAAAGAAAGAAAGACGAAACGGCAGCAGCACCACCAGAGUCACCGGAACGCAGAAACCGCCGUCGAGUCCGAAGAGAUGUCGAAAAGAGGGAAGAAGAGAGAAGACGAGGACUUGGGUUCUGAGGACGAAGAACCAAAGCGGAUGAAGAAAUCUUCCAAGGCUGCUGCUGAUGAUUCCGACGAUGCUGACGCUGACGACAUUGUCGUCUGUGAGAUAUCGAAGAACCGUAGGGUUACGGUGAGGAACUGGCAGGGGAAGCUCGUGGUAGACAUUCGCGAGUUCUAUGUCAAAGAUGGCAAGCAACUUCCGGGCAAAAAAGGUAACCUUUUUUUUUUAUCCUGAAUUUCUGCAGUAAAACCCUAGAAUUGGCAAAGAUAUGUUAGAACAUUUCGUUAGGCUUUUAUGGUUUAAUUGACUCCUCAUUUCUGGUAGUUAAAUUUAUUGCAAUCGGGAACAAUUUGAAGUUUCUGUUAUUUUUUGCCACUAAAAAUAAAUUAGGGUUCUACAUUUUCAUUUGGGCCUGCAGCAGUCGGCCUUUGUACCUUUUUGUAUCAGUUGGUAUGCUUUUAUCAUUUACCUAUACUUAGCUUUUGGUCUUGUUUUAUGUUUACUGCGGUAUUAUAUGCCUUUUGUUGCCCCAAUUUUUGAAUACUUCAGGCCAUGGCAUUUAGAAAAGUUCUGUGCUUACUUCUUGGGUUCUCGGUUUUUUGUUGUAAUGUACAUUAGUGUUCAAUUGUGAUACAUGAUUAGUUGAACACAAUAUUUGAUAUGUUUUUCAUUCUUGCCCAAUGGUAGUGUGGAAACACUCUUUGAGGAAAUGUUAAAUGGUAAUGUCAUUGAAAUGGUAUGGAAAUUGUGAAGAAUGAUGUUGCAUUUGCUUUUUUAGAAUCAACUUGACUUUUUGUUAUUCUCUGUUUCAGGUAUAUCAUUGACUAUGGACCAGGUAUGCUUUAAUAGUUCUCCUCAUCUGACCUUUUUGGUGUCCUUUUGAUCUUUGUUCUAAUUUUCCAUGUACUCUUUACUCUUGAUUGAUGCUUUUUUCCUUUGAUUCACAGUGGAAUGUGCUUCGGAAGCAUGUCGAUGAAAUCGACAAGGCAGUUGCUGGAAUUAGUUGAAUGAAUGAUCAUGCUUUGGUGGAUGUUAAUAUUAGUAGGUUUUGAUCUCUAGAUGAAAUGGAAAUGGGGAGCGACUACUGUACUCUGCUAGGCUUAUGCUAACUAGUUAGCAUUAGUUUAGUCUUUUGGAUAGAGAGUAUUCCUAACUUGGUCUCUACUUUCCUUGAACGUAUGACUUAUUUUAUGUCUAUAUCGUAUAUGUUUGCCAAAUUUUCUUUCUUUGUUUCUUAUGUACUUUUGUUUGGUGCUGCGGUGUGCCUAUUGUUGCUAGUCCAUUUGUCAUUUUUAAUAGCGUAAGUGUACGUUGUUGUAAAUGGGACGGAUGGAGUACUUCAUACACCUCCGGUUUCUAAAUGAAUACAAGACUACUAUGGGAUGUAGUGUGAUAAAGAUACUCCUGUUUCUAAACGAGUAUAUGACCACUUCUUUUUCUGGUUUAUACUGAUAUUUUCACCGAAAAGUUUUGUGAGGUGGGUGUAUUGAAGUUUCCCUCUCAUUUUUCAUUCUAAAAACGAUGCUACUG